AUGAUAGGCAGCGUCAUAAUAACCGGCGCCAACGGCUCCGUAGCCCUCGGCUUUGUCGACCAUAUCCUCUCGUCCUAUCCAUCGUACACCCUCCUCGCCACCGUCCGCGAUCCCUCCGACGCCAAUAGUACAAAGCUCUCCAACAUCAUAACCUCGAAACCCAACGCAAAGGCUCACGUUGAAUCUCUUGACCUUUCCUCCCUUGCAAAUGUACGAGAGUUUGCUGAAAAGACGGCCGAGAGGGUUGCCAGUGGAAACUUGCCGCGUAUCAAGGCCAUCGUGUGUAAUGCAUUCACCUGGUCUUUAUCAGAGACAAGGUAUACGCAAGAUGGCCUCGAGGCAUCCUUCCAAGUUGGACAUCUCUCACACUACCUCCUUAUUCUUAAGCUGCUAGGAUCCAUGGCUCCUGACGGAAGGAUUGUCCUCCUCGGCUCCAACACGCACUAUCCUGACAGACCACACCCUCUCACCAAGCUCAUCGCUUAUAUUCCAGAGGACGUGGAGCAGAUCGUCAAGCCUUUACCUGAUGAGCCUGGGCAGGAACAUGAUCGUGGGUUUCAGCGGUAUGGGAUUGCAAAGUUUGCGAAUGACCCAAACCUCUCGGGUAUCACAGUCACGGCAAUGGAUCCAGGUGGUAUUGUAGACUCCCGCGCGCACACGGCCCAAAAACCCGUCAUGCGCUUUGUCCUCGGCACCCUAUCCCAUCUCCUCCCUCUUACGAAACACAUAACACGUUCAUUCCGUCGUUCCGCAGACGCGGGCAAAGAUUUAGCAGAGUUGAGUGUCGGAAAAGAGUUUGAAGGCACAACAGGAUAUUUCUUAGGCGUCAAGAGAGAAGAGGAGUCUCCAAUGACCAAGGAUGAGAGCAAGCAGAGGAUUCUGUGGGAGGCGUGUUGGAGGUGGGCGGGAUUGGAGGAGGGGGAGACGGUCUUGGUUGGUGCUGCGCCUUGA